UCAGUAGAAGAUGCCGUCAUGUAAGGCGGUAACACCGACCACUGUCCAGUAGUAGUGACUAAAUUCGCGAAUUGUGUAGAAAAACGAACGUGACGUCGUGACAGUGAAAUAAACAGGUGAUAAAAUGACGGUGACGAAAAAAGAUGUCACGCCUAGUGGCAGUAAAAACAAAACGAAAACAAAUGUUACGAAAGUUAAGGAUUCGACAUCGGAAAGCAGUAAGAAAUCUGAAUCAACCAAUAAGCAGGCAUUUACGACUCUUGUAAAAUCAUCAACUUCUGCUAUUACCAAGGGCAUGCAAUCUUCUUUCUCAGGAACAAGAUCUUCCUCUUCAGGUACAAAGGCAAUUGAAGUCACAAAUGGUGAGACGUCAGCUGCGCUUAUUGACAAAGAAGCAGCCGUCAGCAAAGAAUCUGCUUUUGCAAAUGGGACAUGCAGUGACAUCAAAGACACUUUUGAUGCUUCGACGAAGAUGAUCAUUGCUGGAUCUACUGGUGGAGUUACUUAUGACACUGUAUCGUCCUCUGCUGAAGAAACUGUAAUCAGUUCGACUGCUGCUAGUAAAACCAGCAGCAGUAACAAAAUAGUAGAGUCCGUGUCCAGUAGUUCGUCAACCGUGGUUACUGGAGGAACCACCGAAUUUGUUACAACUAACGAGAGCCAACAACUCCAACACGGAUCUACCGGUCAACAUUCAACUCUUGCCAUCACUGAAGCAACAGGAGAAUCACCGGUAAUUAACCAAGAAAGUUUGUCGUUAAAACACGAGGUCGUUUCGGCUUCUGCGUCUGUUAGUGAAUCUUCUCACAAAAGUGAAUCUUCAUCGUCCAAUUUCAAUACUGCUAAGUCAUUUAGUAAUAAAAAAUCUUCCAACACUCAGAAUAUUCAAUCACAACUGGACCAAUCACUUGCUCUCACUCAAGAUUCAGCUAGUAACACUUAUGUUGAGGAAUCUUCAUCUUCAGUAACACAGGUGUCACAAAGCAAACACGAAUCAAUAUCAAGUUCCUCAACGUCGGAAGUCGUAACUUCUUACACCACACAGUCUUCAGGAAAUCUACAACUUCAACACCAGAGCCAUGAAGAGUUCCUGGCAGCCUCCAGCAGCCACCACAACGACAUUGUUGAUAGUCAACAGCAUCAACUUGCUACUUCAACGGAGACACGUAACGUCAGUCAGGAGUUCAUCACUUCCAGCACCUCGGAGUCAUCACAAAAACAUGUGUCCAGUGGUCAGUCAUCAGAAACGGUGGAGUCCCUAAAUCAACAGAUGUUAAUCAGCGGAGACUCAGCAUCGUCCGUUCAACAGGGCGGGACUGCAGUUCAACAUUCAACGAGCGUCAUCACUGAUGUUCAAGGGUCCAAAGCAGCUGCCACCACUAGCAGUACCGAAAUCACAUCUAAGUCAGUCAAGAAGUCUGGGACGACAACCGACAAGAAGGAAGAAGGGAAAAAGGCGGAUUUACACUACAAAUAUUCGGGGCCCAUCAAGGAACAAUGUAUCUGUGAACUCUGCACGUGUGGUCGACAUCGAUGUCCUCAUCGUACAGAGUCGGAAAAGCCUCCGUUCGACCUGCAGCCAGAUGUGGGACUCGGUGGUGUUACUUCGCAGUCGCACGCCGCUUACCACCCAUACACGUCAGAGGAGGCGCAGCGCCCCAAACUCCAUCGCCUGCACACUGCCUUGGAACUGCCUGAUGGACAACUGGACACAGUAUCUUCUUACCGCGCCGACUACGACGAGAAACAUGCAGACAGACAGUCCAGGUAUAAGUACGAAGAUCAUCUUCACCUAGAAGGCGAAUUCCAAGGCACCCCCCAUACAAGAGAAGAUUUCAAGCCAGUGAGAGGAGAGCGGGCGCCUGUGCUUAGACAUGAAGAUCACCUGAAACUGGAAGGAAAAUUCGGUGGCCAGAGUCACCUCCGAGAAGAAUUCCAAGUUGUUCGUGGUGAAAGGGCAGAAAUUCGUCGCCAUGAGGAUCAUCUUCGCUUAGAAGGCGAAUUUCAAGGCACCCCCCACACAAGAGAGGACUUCAAGCCGGUGAGAGGAGAAAGAGCUGAAAUUAAGAGACAUGAAGAUAAUUUGAAACUUGAGGGUGAGUUCAGGGGGGAAAGACGAGAUGAAUACACCAUCACUAAAGGAGAACGUGCAGAAAUCAAGAAACAUGAAGAUAACCUCAGGUUACAAGGAGAGUUUAUGGGUGAGAGACGUGAUGAAUUUACAGCACUCACAGGUGAAAGAGCACCUGUCAAAAAGCCAGAAGACAAUCUGAAACCACAAGGGGAUUUUACAGGUAGAAAGAAAGACGAUUUUCCUGUUGCAAGGGGUGAACGGCCACAAAUAAAGAAACCACAAGACAACCUGAAGCCUGAAGGAGAAUUUGAAAGGCCACAUCCUACUAAAUAUAGUCCUGGAGAAAGAGCAGAUAUUAUCAAGCAUCCAGACAACCUGAAAAUGGAAGGUGAUUUUGACAGACCUGAAAAAAUAAAAAGCAGCCCAGGAGGACGCUCUGAUAUCAUUAAACACCCUGACAACUUGAAACUCGAUGGUGACUUUGAUAGACCUCAACCAAGAAAAUAUGGUCCAGGUGAUAGGGCUGAUAUCAUCAAAUAUCCUGACAAUCUAAAACUAGAGGGCGAUUUUGAAAGACCUCAGCCAUCAAAGUUUAGCCCAGGGGAAAGGGUAGAAGUCAACAAACCAAGAGACAAUCUGAAGCCUGAAGGAAAUUUUGAAGGAACUCCUAAAUCUAAGGAUGACUUCAAACCCUUAAAAUAUGAACGAGCUGAUGUUAAAAAGCCUAAAGACAACCUUCGACCUGAAGGGGAAUUUACAGGCCAAAAGAGAGAUGAGUUCACAGCCAUCAGAGGCGAAAGAGCUCCUGUAAAGAAGCCAGAAGACAAUUUAAAAUCAGAAGGAAAAUUCAUUGGUGAAAGAAAAAAUGAAUUUACAGUUGUUCGAGGGGACAGGGCUGACAUUAAAAAACCAGAUGACAAUUUAAAACCCAGUGGAGAUUUCACUGGCCAACGAAAGACCAUUACAGAGUUCACAGGUGAACCGGGUGAGCGCCCUCCCCUCAUUCGACGUAACACAUGGACCAAACUGGAAGGAGAGAUAUUUGCACAGACCACUAGUCGUAGUGAGUUCCGAGAGUUCCAAGUAGUAGAAAGGGCUGAGAAAGUUCGUCGGCGCAGUGACAAUCUCAUUGUGGGAGGAGGAGAAUUCCAGGGAACCUCCCACCAGAAGGAAGACUUCAAAGCUGUCACACCAGAGAGGGCAAUUAUUCAACGACACCCAGAUAACCUUCAUGUCCCAGAAGGCGAGUUUGUGAGUGCAACAAAGAAUCGUGAUGAUUAUCCCGAACGCUGGGCUGUUAGACCAGAACAGCCUCGCCGACACCGAGACAACCUCGUGCCUAUGCGAGGUGACUUCCAGGGCAUCUCCAGCUCUAAAGAAGCUUACCAGGCACACCAAAACACUGUGAGGACUGAAGUGAAGAAACAUAUUGACAACUUAACUACUGAGGGUACUAUGACCUUUGAAUCCUCAUCUAAAUCAGAAUUUACAGAAAAGACUGGCAGGCGAGAGAGAGCUGAACGUCGUCGAACCUGGACAAAACAGGAUGGAGAAAUGUUCUUUGAGACAACUAAUACAGAAGAAUAUAAGACACCACAAACACGGCAGGGAAUUCAACGCAUCAUCAGACAAGACAACUUGUGUGUUGAUGAAGGAAAUUUUGAAAACUGCAUCACUACCUCACAAGAAGUCUAUAGGACAUUCCAUGACAAAGAUGUGAGACAGACACAAAAGCGUUAUACAGACAAUUUAAGAAUUGAGGGUUCCUUUGAAGGAACACCAAAAUCAAAAGAGGAUUUCAAGAUGGUAAAAGGUGAAAAAGCAUCUAUGAAGAAACCAAAGGAUAACUUAAAACCAGAAGGGGACUUUGAUGGAAAAACUCACUCUCAACAUGACUUCAAAAUGGCAAUAGUAGACAGACCAGUUCCAACUAAACCAAAAGAUAAUUUAAAACCUGAGGGUGAAUUUGAAGGAUCGCCAAGGUCCAGAGAUGAUUACAAACCAAGCGUGGGUGACAGGGCAAAUAUAAAAAAGCCUAAAGAUAACCUGAGAACUGAAGGCAUUUUUCAAGGAUCACCUAGUUCAAGAGACGACUUCCAACCAACGAAAGGUGAUCGUGAACCAGUGCGAAAACCAAAGGACAACUUAAGGCCUGAGGGUGAUAUUGAAACGCCAAGACCUCAUAAAUAUGAACCAGGUGAUCGUGCUGAAAUUAAAAAACACCCAGACAACUUGAAACUUGAAGGAGAAUUUCAGAGGCCACAAACACCAAAAUACCAAGCUGGUGAACGUCUUCCAGCAACAAAACCCAGAGAUAACUUGAGACCUGAGGGCGAUUUUGAAAGACCAAAACCCACAUUAUAUGGUCCAGGCACCACAGCUGACAUUAUAAAACAUCCUGACAAUUUAAAAUUGGAAGGAAAUUUUGAGAGGCCUCAACCAAUACAAUAUGGCCCAGCAGAAAAAUAUGAUAUUAAGAAACCAGCAGACAAUUUGAGACCACAGGGAAGUUUUGAAGGUUCUCCAAGAUCCAGAGAGGACUACAAAAGACCUUCCAAAGGACAACGUGCUGAUGUAAGGAAACCAAAAGAUAAUCUUCGACCUGAAGGACAGUUUGAAGGUACUCCAAGAUCACGAGACGACUUCCAGCCAACAAAAGGAGAUCGAGCUGAUAUAAAGAAACCAAAAGAUAAUCUUCGACCUGAAGGACAGUUUGAAGGUACUCCAAGAUCACGAGACGACUUCCAGCCAACAAAAGGAGAUCGAGCUGAUAUAAAGAAACCAAAGGACAAUUUGAGGGAACACCUAGGUCAAGAGAUGAUUACCAAUGCACUAGAGGUGACCGAGCUGAAGUUAAGAGACCACAAGAUAAUCUCAGACCAGAAGGAGAUUAAGCCCACCAAGGGAGACCGUCCCAAUGUAAAGAAACCUACCGAUAAUCUCCACCCAGAAGGACAAUUUGAGGGAACACCUAGGUCAAGAGAUGAUUACCAAUGCACUAGAGGUGACCGAGCUGAAGUUAAGAGACCACAAGAUAAUCUCAGACCAGAAGGAGACUUUGAAGGAACACCGAGAUCACGGGAUGAUUUCAAACCAAAACAUGGUGAGCGAGCAGAUGUCAGAAAACCUAAAGACAAUCUUCGACCUGAAGGACAGUUUGAAGGAUCUCCAAGAUCAAGAGAUGACUUCCAGCCAACAAGAGGUGACCGUGCUGAUAUAAAGAAACCAAAGGACAAUUUGAGGCCAGAAGGAGAGUUUGAAAGACCUCGGCCAGAUGAAUAUGGUCCUGGUGAUAGAGCUGACAUAAUUAAGCACCCAGAUAACCUCAAAUUGGAAGGUCAUUUCGAUCGUCCUGAACCUCAAAAGUAUGGCCUUGGAGAGAGGGCUCAUGUUAAGAAACCAAAGGACAAUCUUCGACCUGAAGGACAGUUUGAAGGAUCUCCAAGAUCAAGAGAUGACUUCCAGCCAACAAGAGGUGACCGUGCUGAUAUAAAGAAACCAAAGGACAAUUUGAGGCCCAAUGGAGAGUUUGAAAGACCUCAGCCAGAUGAAUAUGGGCCUGGUGAUAGAGCUGAUAUCAUUAAGCACCCAGAUAACCUCAAAUUGGAAGGUGAUUUUGAUCGUCCUGAACCUCAAAAGUAUGGCCCUGCAGAGAGGGCUGAUGUCAAGAAACCAAAGGACAAUCUCAGACCAGAAGGAGAUUUUGAAGGAAUACGGAGAUUAAUGGAUGACUAUAAGCCCAUCAAGGGAGACCGUCCUGAUGUCAAGAAACCUACUGAUAAUCUCCACCCAGAAGGACAAUUUGAAGGAACACCUAGGUCAAGAGAUGAUUACCAACCUACGAGAGGUGUCCGAGCUGAUGUUAAGAGACCACAUGAUAAUCUCAGACCUGAAGGAGACUUUGAAGGAACACCGAGAACACGGGAUGAUUUCAAACCAAAACAUGGUGAACGUGCAGAUGUCAGGAAACCUAAAGAUAAUCUUCGACCUGAAGGACAGUUUGAAGGAUCUCCAAGAUCAAGAGAUGACUUCCAGCCAACAAGAGGUGACCGUGCUGAUAUAAAGAAACCAAAGGACAAUUUGAGGCCAGAAGGAGAGUUUGAAAGACCUCGGCCAGAUGAAUAUGGUCCUGGUGAUAGAGCUGAUAUCAUUAAGCACCCAGAUAACCUCAAAUUGGAAGGUGAUUUCGAUCGUCCCGAACCUCAAAAGUAUGGCCCUGGAGAGAGGGCUGAUGUGAAGAAACCAAAGGACAAUCUUCGACCUGAAGGACAGUUUGAAGGAUCUCCAAGAUCAAGAGAUGACUUCCAGCCAACAAGAGGUGACCGUGCUGAUAUAAAGAAACCAAAGGACAAUUUGAGGCCUGAAGGAGGGUUUGAAAGACCUCAGCCAGAUGAAUAUGGUCCUGGUGAUAGAGCUGACAUCAUUAAACAUCCAGAUAACCUUAAAUUGGAAGGUGAUUUCGAUCGUCCUGAACCUCAAAAGUAUGGCCCUGGAGUGCGGGCUGAUGUCAAGAAACCAAAGGACAAUCUCAGACCAGAAGGAGAUUUCGAAGGAAUACGGAGAUUAAUGGAUGACUAUAAGCCCACCAAGGGAGACCGUGCUGAUGUUAAGAAACCUGCCGAUAAUCUCCACCCAGAAGGCCAAUUUGAAGGAACACCAAGGUCAAGAGAUGAUUACCAACCCACUAGAGGUGACCGAGCUGAUGUUAAGAGACCACAAGAUAAUCUCAGACCAGAAGGGGACUUCGAUGGAACACCAAGAACUCGGGAUGAUUUCAAACCAAAACAUGGUGAACGGGCUGAUGUCAGGAAACCUAAAGACAAUCUUCGACCUGAAGGACAGUUUGAAGGAUCUCCAAGAUCAAGAGAUGACUUCCAGCCAACAAGAGGUGACCGUGCUGAUAUAAAGAAACCAAAGGACAAUUUGAGGCCUGAAGGAGAGUUUGAAAGACCUCAGCCAGAUGAAUAUGGUCCUGGUGAUAGAGCUGAUAUCAUUAAGCACCCAGAUAACCUCAAAUUGGAAGGUGAUUUCGAUCGUCCUGAACCUCAAAAUGAAGGAUCUCCAAGAUCAAGAGAUGACUUCCAGCCAACAAGAGGUGACCGUGCUGAUAUAAAGAAACCAAAGGACAAUUUGAGGCCAGAAGGAGAGUUUGAAAGACCUCGGCCAGAUGAAUAUGGUCCUGGUGAUAGAGCUGACAUAAUUAAGCACCCAGAUAACCUCAAAUUGGAAGGUCAUUUCGAUCGUCCUGAACCUCAAAAGUAUGGCCUUGGAGAGAGGGCUCAUGUUAAGAAACCAAAGGACAAUCUUCGACCUGAAGGACAGUUUGAAGGAUCUCCAAGAUCAAGAGAUGACUUCCAGCCAACAAGAGGUGACCGUGCUGAUAUAAAGAAACCAAAGGACAAUUUGAGGCCUGAAGGAGAGUUUGAAAGACCUCAGCCAGAUGAAUAUGGGCCUGGUGAUAGAGCUGACAUAAUUAAGCACCCAGAUAACCUCAAAUUGGAAGGUGAUUUCGAUCGUCCUCAACCUCAAAAGUAUGGCCCUGGAGAGAGGGCUGAUGUCAAGAUACCGAAGGACAAUCUCAGACCAGAAGGAGAUUUCGAAGGAACACGAAGAUUAAUGGAUGACUAUAUGCCGACGAAGGGAGACCGUUCUGAUAUUAAGAAACCUACCGAUAAUCUCCACCCAGAAGGACAAUUUGAGGGAACACCAAGGUCAAGAGAUGAUUACCAACCCACUAGAGGUGACCGAGCUGAUGUUAGGAGACCACAAGAUAAUCUCAGACCAGAAGGAGACUUUGAAGGAACACCAAGAACUCGGGAUGAUUUCAAACCAAAACAUGGCGAACGUGCUGAAGUGAGGAAACCAAAAGACAAUCUUCGGCCUGAAGGACAGUUUGAAGGAACUCCAAGAUCAAGAGAAGACUUCCAGGCAAGAAGAGGUGAAAAAGUUGAUAUCAAGAAGUAUCCUGAUAAUUUAAGACCGGAAGGUGAUUUCAGUGUUGAGAGGAGCAGGGAUGAUUUUCUUCCAAUUAAAGUUGAGCGAACACCUGUGAAGAAGCAUGUAGAUAACCUAGUUAUUGAAGGAGAUUUUGUUGACAGCAGGACAAGAGAUGAUUUUAGAGUUGUUAAGGGAGAACGUUUUGAGGUACAGAAACAUGUGGACAAUUUAAAACUGGAAGGAAAUGUAGAUGCUUAUCGAUCAAGGGAUGAUUACUCUGGAACAAAAACCGAGAGGGUUGAAAUCAAGAGAUAUGAAGACAACCUCAGAAUGGAAGGUGAGUUCAUUGAUCUGAGGAAAAAAGAUAAUUACAAUGUGUUUGUUGGAGAACGGGCACAGGUGAAGAAAUAUGCUGAUAACUUGAAACCUGAGGGUGAAUUUGGUGGGACCAGGACACGAGAUGACUUUACUCCCCUAAAAGUAGAUCGGCCAAAGCAGAUUCGCCAUCCAGACAACCUGAAAUUGGAAGGUGAUUUUGAGUCUCACAGGCCCAGAGAUGAUUAUAUGCCAUUGAAAGGUGAAAGACCGGAAGUGAAGAAACACCUGGACAAUUUGAAACCAGAGGGCGAAUUUGGUGGAACCAGGACACGCGAUGACUAUCAACCUAAAAGAGGAGAUAAGCGAACACCAAUUAAGCAUUCGGACAACUUAAAGAUGGAAGGAGAAUUUGACCGUCCAAAAGAAUUUACACCUGCUAAAGGUGAAAGAGCUGAGAUAAAGAUACAUCCUGAUAAUCUGAAACUAGAGGGUGAAUUUGGUACAUUUAGGUCCAGAGAUGACUUCACUGCCAUGAAAGGUGAAAUGUCCAAAUCAGUUCGUCAUCUAGACAAUCUAAAACUUGAAGGUGACUUCAAUGACCUACAUCCCAAAGAUGACUACAAACCUGUAAAAGGAGAGCGAUCUGAAGUGAAGAAACAUGUGGAUAACCUGAGACCCGAAGGAGAAUUUGGUGGGCCCCGUUCUCGAGACGAUUAUCAAGUUGUAAAAAGUAACAGGCCUGAGGUUGUAAAGUAUCCUGACAAUUUAAAACUUGAAGGUGACUUUAUAGAUACUCGUGCCAGAGACAAAGAUACCAUAAGUUGGACAGAGAGAACACAGAUUACUAAACAUAAAGACAAUCUGAAAAUGGAAGGCAAAUUCCAUGUGCAAAGAACACGUGAUGAUUUCACAGGCUUGAAAGGAGAAAGAGCAGAAGUUGAAGUUCAUAAAGAUAAUUUGAAAGUUGAGGGGGAAUUCUCAGAAUAUCGAUCUCGAGAUGAUUAUAAGGCAGUACAAGGGGAACGAACACAAUUGAUAAAGUAUGAAGACAAUCUUAAGCUUACUGAUGCUAAGUUUGGAGGUAGAAGAACAAGGGAUGAUUAUCAAAUUGUACCUAUUGAACGGGUUCAACCAAAAAAGCAUGCAGACAACCUUAAGACUGAGGGAAAUUUUGAAGGUACCCCAAGUUCCAAAGAAGAUUUCAAACCAGUUCGAGGAGAACGAGCUGAGAUAACAAAGCACGAAGACAAUCUCAUACUGGAGGGAGUAUGGGAUGUACAUCGAUCUCGUGAUGAUUAUACUGCUAAAACAACAGAAAAGGUCAAAAUUAGUAAACAUGAAGAUAAUCUGCAUAUAGAAGGAGAAUUUGUCAAUAUUCGAACCAGAGAUGAUUACAAACCAGUGAAGGGUGAGCGUCCUGAAAUAAAAAAAUAUCCUGAUAAUCUAAAACCAGCAGGAGAGUUUGGUGGCCCAAGAUCAUAUGAAGAUUUCACUCCCAGUAAAGGAGAAAGGCCAUCACCUAUUAAACAUCCUGAUAAUUUGAAAUUAGAAGGAGACUUUGAAAGACCAGUACAUUGUAAGACAGGACUUGGUGACCGUUAUGAUAUGGUAAAACAUCCAGAUAACCUAAAACCAGAAGGAGACUUUGGUGGCCCCAGAACUCGAGAUGAUUUUACACAAGGGAAAGGGGAAAGGCCAUCACUCAUCAAACACCCUGAUAACUUGAGAUUAGAAGGCGACUUUGAGAGACCUCUACAAGAAACACCUGGUCCUUGUAAUCGUGCUAGUAUUGUAAAACAUCCAGAUAAUUUAAAACCUGAAGGAGAAUUUGGAGGGUACAGAAGCAGGGAUGAUUUCACUCCUUCCAAAGGAGAACGACCUAAGCAGGUGAAACAUCAGGAUAAUUUGAAACUGGAAGGUGAUUUUGAAAGGCCCACUGAAGUUAAACCAGGUCUUGCCGAUCGUGCUGACAUUAUUAAACAUCCUGAUAAUCUAAAGCCUGAAGGGGAAUUUGUUGGUCGAAGAUCAAGAGAUGACUUCCAGCCACAGAGAUCAGAAAAACAAACACCCAUAAAACCUUCAGACAAUCUUAAAGUGGAAGGUGAAUUUAGUGAUCAUCACCCCAAAGAUGAUUUCAAACCUGUCUAUGGUGAAAGACCAGAGAUAAAGAGACACAGUGAUAAUUUAAAGCCUGAAGGCACAUUUGAAGAUCAUAGAUCCAGAAAUGACUAUACUGCAGUCAAAGGACAAAGAGCAGACAUAAAGAAACAUACAGAAAAUCUCAAAGUUGAAGGGAAUGUUGUAUAUACUAGAUCCAGGGAUGACUACAUGGCAACAAGAGGGGAGAAGGCAGAAAUCACUAAACAUGAAGAUAAUCUGAAAAUUGAGGGAAGAUUUGAAGACCUGAGAUCCAAGAAUGACUAUGGCUUGGUGAUGAGAGGUGAGAGAAUAGAGGUGAAGAAACAUGAAGACAAUCUGAAAAUAGGAGGCACAUUUGAAAGCAGGCGAUCUCGAGAUGAUUAUAAAAUAAUGCAAGCAGAGAGAGCAGAAUUGAAGAAACAUCCUGAUAACCUCAAGGUAGAAGGAAGCUUCAAUGGCAGUCCUAGGUCUAAAGAUGACUACAAACCAGUUAAAGGUGAACGAGCCGAAAUUACGAAGCACCAAGAUAACCUCAAAGUUGAAGGUGACAUCGAGAUCCACAGAUCUAGAGAUGAUUACCAGCCAGGUAAAGGGGAGAGGCAUGGAAUGAAGAAACAUCCAGACAAUUUGAAAGUUGAAGGUGAAUUUCAGGGAAGUCCUAGAACCAAGGAAGACUUUAAACCAGGUAGAGGGGAGAGAGCAAACAUCAAGAAACCUCAAGAUAAUCUAAAAACUGGAGGUGAUUUCCAAGGUGUAUCAUCACAAAAGACACAAUUCAAAGAGGUAAAGGGAGAAAAAGCAGAAAUUAAGAAACAUUCAGAUACACUGACUGUAGGAAGUGGAACUAUGGAAAUCAAGACUACAAGCAAAGAUACUUUCCAACAAAAGAGAAAACAGUCUGUACCUGCAGCAGGCAAGUCUACUGGCACUUUCAACAGAAAACAACACAUGCAGUCACACAUAACUCUUGGAGAUGAUAGUAUCAAUAUGACAGCCACCAAUGAGACAAUAAAUAAUUCCUCAAGCAAGUCAGCACAUGAAGACAGGAGCCAGAAACAUAGUGGAGAUACUACGAAGUCUGUCUCCAUAAAAGAAACAAGAACUCUAGAUGAUGGAACUAUAGUGAUGGUCACCAAACAGGUGACUAAUACCAUCACAGGACAAGAGACCAAGGCAACUAAAGCCAAGUCUCUUCAGCAGCAAAGUGUUACCCAGUCUAUCAGUGGCACUUCAAGCACAAAACUUACAUCAGUUACCCCCCAUGAAGCUAAGAAACUGGAAGUUUCUUCAAAACAGGCUGAUAUUUCUGAGAAAAAAUCUGUUUUGAAUGAACUCCACACAUCAUUUGAUGCAAAAAGCCAAUCCACAAACUCCCAGUCUUCCACUUUUGAAAGGAAGCUCUCAAAGACCCAUGCUAACAGUAGUGAAUUUAGACAAGCCAUCAGUGGCACAUCUGACAGCACCAUUCAAAGCACAGUCACUGAUUCUGGUACAAAAUCAGGUAGCCAUCACAGGAAAAGUGUUAUUACUUCCUCUUCUGCUGAUGUUACCAAUGCAGUUCUCCAUCGAAAAGGCACAACAUCCUCAACAGAGGCCCUACAUACCAUCUCGUCAGCUGCAUCAGCUCAAAGGAAAAGCAUUUCGAACCUCUGUGAGAUGGGUCAGUACAUCAGUAACUCUUCACAAAGUCAGGACAGGAAAAGUUUAAGUGCUCUUCACAGGCAAGGUGUCUCCCCUGGAGAAGUACUUCACCAGUCAAACAUCCUAUCUUCAUCAGAUCAGCAAAGUCAUCAGGGAGCUGUUCGAAGAAGCUCAGCAUGGUCAUCUUCAUCCAUUCAACAACAGCAGCAACAACAAGUACGGUCAGAGAGAAUUAUGAGGAAGGACAAUCUCUCCGUUGGUGAGGGAACAUUCCAUGGACAGAGUGAAGCAAGGGCAUAUGGUAAUUUCCACACAAGCAAAGGCACGACCGAGCGAGUCACUAAGACUCGACAUUCCAACACUUCCCAUAUAAUGCUUGGAGAUCACUCUUCCUCCCAUACGGCUUCGUCUUACAAAAAGGAAUUUGCUCCAAGGGUUACAGGACCCUGUCCUGCCUCUCUGCUUGAAACAAAGGAGCCUCCAUUUAAACAUACAAGAGACACGCCGAAACAUCGGUUUUACCUGCCAGUUGUUUCAAACUAGACUGCCAAAUAGUUGUCCAGAUAUACGUAUAUAGCUGAGGUCCUCCUCUAGACUACCUUUCAUACUUGAUUUACUAUAGCUCUCUGAUAAAUUUUAGAUUGGCAUGCAUACAUGAAUGCCAAAGUAAAGGCACUUAAUUUUCCUUACAAUUAGACUAUUAACUUAUUAUAUAGCAUCCACUCCAUUCUUACAUGAGAUUAAUUUCUUCCUGAAACAGAAUCUAACUACUACAACCUGAGAAAAUAUAAUCAUUUAGACAGAAUCUGAAUACUAAUGCAUUAAACAUAUCUAAUGUGGUUUAAUGCAUGUAAGAGAAUAUGCUAGAUAAUUAAAUUAAUAAACAUUUGUGAAUGGCCCAGUUCCUUCAACUGUGUUUAAAAACCCACGGUAAAUCUGUGAUACAAAGCAUACCGUCCUUGUGUUGUAUUUGAUAAAUGCCUUCUCUAUUAAAAAGUGUUAAAGAUGUUAACUCAUAUUAUUAUGUAUUUAGCAAACAUUUAUUAACAAAAUGAUGAAAGAAAUAUAUUUUAAUAACAAAUAUGAAGUUGGUUGUGGGAUAGAAUAUUAAUGAUAUGCUUAUGAAAUUUUACACCGCUAGCGAUCAUUUUGUGGAGUAUGUAUGCAUGCAUGUUUGUAUGUAUGCAUGCAUAUGCGUACAUGAGUGUGUGUAUGCUUGCAGCUUGAGUGAUAUAUAUUUCUACAUUUGUAAGGUAAAUAUGUUCCUGAAUCUAGCAUGAAGUUUUUUAUAUGUAUAUUUUGCUUGGAAAGGUGAACAAAUUACACAGAUAAUUUGGAUAAAAACUUUGAGGUUUUCACAGUAGCAAGAAUUUGUAUUGUGGUCAUUUCGGUUAUGAUGCCAUGUAUUCUAGUAUGAGUUACAGGCCUCUGUAGGAACCUACUGCCUUAUUUUUCAGAACAGAUGAUGUAGGUAACAGGUUCCUACAAAGUUUUUAGGAUCACCAUCCCUAAGAUUACACAGCAUCAACCCAGAAAACUACAAUACAAAUUAACAUGUGUUUAACUUUGUUGUAUGAAAGAAUGACUUAUAUUUAAUGGCAGUUGUGAAAUGAAGCUCUUGUAGAAAUAUAUAAGCACAAGUUACAUUUAUGAAAGCAAGAUUGUGUAAUUCUUUCAGUGACAUUUAUAGUAUAACUUUUGUUUUACUCACGGUUUAUGUAUAAUUCAAUUUUGGUUUUAAAGUUUUGCUUCAGGGGAUUUAUUUGAGACUCUGCGCUUACUAGACAACUAUUUCGUUUCAACCUUUAUCGUCCGUAUGAUGCAUCUCACGUGACCCAGCUCGUGGUGCAUGGCACUAGCAUUCUACCUUUAGGUAAAGCCCAUCCACCAGUCCCAUAAUACAGAGAUUCCCUAUUCCGAUACGAUAAAGGUUGAAGUACAAUGUCACUACUCAGUUUUGCAAAAUUUCAAUGAACAGCAUGCAUUAUUAAUGUUACACCAUUAUGUUUGCUUCAGUAGUGCCCAACAGUGUUAAGAUUCAAUAAAGUAACUUCAUGACAGUUUCUCUUCA